AAGGGAAGGAGGUGGAGGUCGAAGUUGAAUGGGGAACCAGGUGGAGAGACUGACCCAUCUGAGUUACGCCGAGGUACCUACGGCGGAACCGGCCGGGACGGAGCCCGGGCCCCGCAUCGGGGUCUCCUACAUCUUUUCAGUGGAUGAAGACGACGAUUUGGCGGACGAGCCGGUGGCCGGAGAGACGGGCUCGGGUAGGGGUCCAGCCGCCGGCGGCGAGAGGGAGUGUGACCGGAAUAAAGAGGAGGAGGACGGCGGGGACACGUACGACCUCCUCAACGAGGUGGAGUGCUCCGUCUACUACCGGGACCAGUGCAUCUACGAGAAGAGGAGGAGAGCAGGCCGCUCGGCCAAAGGAGACGGCCAGGAGCUGCUGACCCCUCAGCCGGCCGAGAUCCUGCUGGGAAGGUGCCAGCCCGGAGAUCUGGUGGAGUUCGUGGCGGCGGGUCAGUGCCCUCAUUGGGCCGUCUAUGUAGGCGACUUCCAGGUGGUGCACCUGCACCAGGCGGAGAUCCGCAACGACUUCCUGACGGAUGCUAGCCAGGGCCGGAGGGGCCGCCUGGUCAGCCAGCGGUACCGCUUUAAGGCGCUGCCGGCCGACGCCGUGGUCCGAGCCGCCCUGCAGCAGGUCGGCGUGCGGGGGGCUCAGCUCCGCUGGAGUAGCUCCGAGUGUUUCGCUGCCUGGUGCCGCUGCGGCCGCCGAGAGUUCAAGGUUGGCGGAGAGCUGCGCAUCGGCAAGCAGCCGUACCGCUUACAGCUUCACCUGUCCGAGCACAGCAGCCACACGCUCGAGUUCCAGAGUCUACAUGACCUGAUCCUGGAGAAACGCCGCAAUGACCAGAUCGGCAAAGUGGCUUUGAUCCGGGAGCUGGCCGCCCAUCUGCACGGCGACGAGCAGCAGAGGACUGACCACCGACACCCCUGCUGAGGGGAUCAAGUACCAACCUGGGACUGACCCCACCAUCCCAAUACUGAGAGGGUUAAACCUGGGACUGACCCCACCAUCUCAAUACUGAGAGGGUUAAACCUGGACUGAGCACACUAUCCUACAUGCGUUAACAUGGGACUGACCAAACCAUCCCCUACUGAGAGGCUUAAAUCUGGAACUGACCACACCACACUUACAAAGCAAAUCAAACCCCAACCUGGAACUGACCACCAUCACCCCCAAACUCCAGAGGGUUACACCAUGGUCUGAUAACAUCAACCCCACAGAGGGUUAAACUUUAUUCCAGGACUGACCACACAACCCUGCUUCCCACUGAGAGGGUUAAACCCUGGAACUUACCAUACAGUCACCGGUAAGAGGUUUAAACCCAGCCUACAGCCACCUCCCAACACCAAACCUGGUUAUCCCUCAGGAUUGACUACACUAUGCCCACUAAGUGGGUUAAAGUGACCCCCUCCACACGCCCAAUCUGAGACUGAUCACACAACACCCACAGAGCAGGUCAAAAACUACGAAUGAGCACAAAACACUGAACCGUUUAAAAUCCAGGACUGAUUAUAACACAGACUGAGCAGAUUAAAACUCCACAACACACAUUGAGAGGGUAAAACCCUUACAGCCUGGGAUUGACACUGAGCAGGUUAACCAUCUCUGCCAACAUGUACCCCUCCCCACCAAAAACUGGGACACUUAUUGAUUAUCCAGGCUGGAAUGAACAGUUUCGCUUCAAGUUUCUUUCCUAUUUCCUCUCACCCAGAUAAACUGAAAGGAAGCGUUAUCAAGUUGGUGGAUUGCACAAAAGUAAAAAUGUAAUCAUGCAUUGGCCACACUGUGUUAACUUUCCUGCAACAUUCCUGAGUUAAUAUAAUCACUGUUUAUUGUGAUACUGGAGUGUUGGGGUUGUUUUGUACUCUAUUGAUAAUCUGUGACUUCUCUUGUUACUUUUCCGCAAACCACCCCCUCUUUCCCCCCACCCCAACCCUCCCUCUUUUUAAAUUGCUUGGGUAGAUCAAACCCUUGCUUUAACUGAGAAUGAAAUAACUUCGCUUCAGAAGGGGAACAUUUCUCAGUUGUAACAGUUCCUUCAAAAUGAAGGGCAAAGUUUAAUAGUAGAAGGGGUUAGUUAGGCUGAUCUGAAGAAAGCAAGAAGUCAAGUUAAAGACAGUUGUGGUGAUGGACAAUGCACACUGGGUUAGAGUGAUUCAGUCAGGAGCAUUCUGAAGUGCAUUAUUUGCCAACUAAAACGUACAAAUAGCUGGAGAAAAUAGCACCUGCUGAUUUUAGUUUUUAAGUUCAGCUUCAAGCCCGUAUUGGUUUUGGUUGGUUUCCAGUGUUGAUGAUACAUGUUCCCAUGACACAUUGAAACAGAGUUUGAAGGUAUUCAUAUUUCUUGCACAUCUUUAUUGAGAUUGAAUUGAAUAUUUUUAUAAUGAUAUUUUUGAAUUUAUUGUGCAUUAAGUUAUGCACUAUAGUUGAUAUUUUUUGCCUGCCUUACUGUUGAUGUGUGUGACAUGUCAAAGUUUUGCAAGGUUCUAAAGAUCAACAGAAUGCACCGACUAUGUAUUGAUAGUGUCUAAAUAAGCACUUGUGUACAUUGUGAAACCAUGUAAUAAAAUGUUGGAUUAUGUGA